AUGUCUGCUGCUGCCUUGCAAAUCCAAACUCUGGAAGAUGAGGAUUCACAAUGGGGUGGUUCUUCAGAAGGUCGUACCUAUAAGGCCAGGGAUCGAGAGCUGAUGGAUCUUCGACUCAAAGCUCAAUACUUCACUGAUCCGUGCAGGUAUGAACCAAACGUAUUUCGUAGGCGAUAUAGAAUGCAACCUCACGUCUUUGACAGGAUGAUGCGCGACGUGGCCAACUACGACCCAUAUUUUGUUCAAACAAGAGAUGCUUGUGGGAGACUAAACUUAUCCACUGAACAAAAGCUGACAUGCGCCAUGAGAAUGCUCGCGUAUGGCAUCACAGCUGAUUUCUGCGAUGAUUACCUAGAUAUUGCGAAGACCACUGCCAUUGAGAUUUUUGAGCACUUCACAAAGGCAAUCUGGAAUGUGUACCAUGAGACUUACCUCCGCCGACCAACACCGGCAGAUUUGCGACGGCUGCUUGACAAAGCUGAAGAACGGGGAUUCCCGGGAAUGGUCGGUAGCCUUGAUUGUAUGCACUGGCAGUGGAAAAAUUGUCCCACUAGAUGGGCAGGGCAGUAUACUGGCUACAAGGGGAAACCGACAAUCAUCUUAGAGGCGGUGGCCUCCUACGAUACUUGGAUUUGGCAUGCCUUCUUCGGACUUCCAGGUUCCCUGAAUGAUAUUAACGUCCUUGGAUGUUCACCGUUGUUCAAUGCUCAAUGCGUUGGUGAAACCCCUGAAGUGAGCUACCAGGUGUUAGCAGUUGGGUUUGGUGUACAUCGGGCAAAGGCAAUCAUCAUUCUGGAGUGCGGUCGAUGGGAUCGAUCCGAUCUACACAUAGGUGGAGGAGCGUAUGCAUUUGCUAUUCCCAGAACUAGUUUUGGUGUAUCUGUGAUGGUACAAGCGAGAGAAGGUGAUAGACAAGGAGAUGACGGUGAAGAGACAAAGGUGUUGGCAUAG